CGGCCAUAUUGAUUACUCUGUCAGGACUCCCAUUUUGGGUUGGGAUAAGCUUACUGUACACACUAAAUAUCAAUCUCAAAGUUACGGGACUACAAAAAAAAGACCUCCUGAACUUCUGAAUGCUGAAAUUCUAUUAAAUAAAAUAUUUUCGAAUAAUG